AGAGCCGGUUUUAAUUUCAGCACGGCCCCAACCAGAUGAAACGGAGGUGGUCCAAACACAUGGACUCCUCUAGUCUCAGUUUCCCCAUCCACAAAACGAGGGGUAGCCUUGACAGCUCCUCUCGCGCUGCAAUUUUCCAGUCCAAGGCUCAGGAGAAGUCCAUAAACCGAAUAAAAUUGCUUCAAGGACUGCUAAAAGUGAACUCACUGGUCAAGGUUGGACCAUUUGCUUUUGAGGUCAGGCAGUAGGGAAGGCCGCAGGGCACCAGCCCUGGGUAAGACAAUAAUACACUUUGCCCAGAUACGUGACUAUCUUCUUUAAGGCUCUGCAGCUUGCCGCCUUCUCACUGAAACUUGCAUAAACUUCAAAAGCCCGCCCCUGGGAAAGGAGGGGGCGAGGAGCACAGGGCUAGCCGAGCGCCGGGGAACUGCAGUCGGAGGAACGAGGUCGCGCAGCGAUGCCCCUAGCAGCCCAGCAUAUCGCGCGGUAUUUCAUUCCAGCUCAGCGGCGAUGAGUGAGGAUACUCGGCCUACCACCCCGACGUCGGGGUAGAGGAACCCGCAGUUGUGUCGGGCCUUGCGGGAAUUUAUACAGAAAUCUGGUGAGAUCUCUGUGCAAACAAGAUGGCGAUUGUACAAAGAAUGACAUUGAAUUCUCGACCUGGAAAAAAUAGUAAUCCAGUGGCAGAGAAUUUCCAAGUAGAAGAAGUAAAUCUACCAGAUAAUAUCAAUAAAGGACAAGGACAAGUCAGAACUCCUUAUCUUUCUGUGGAUCCUUAUAUGCGUUGUAGAAUGAAGGAAGACACUGGGGCUGAUUAUAUGAAACCUUGGCAGCUGUCUCAAGGGGUUGAUGGUAGAAGUAUUGGGAUUAUAGAAGAAAGCAAACACACAAAUUUUACUAAAGGCAAUUUUGUGACUUCUUUCUGUUGGCCCUGGCAAACCAAGGUUAUUCUGGAUGGAAAUAGCAUUGAAAAGGUAGACCCGCAACUUGUGAAUGGACAUGUUUCAUACUUUCUUGGAGCUAUAGAUUUGUCUGGUUUGACAUCCUUUACUGGAAUACAAGAAAAAGGUCAUGUAACUGCUGGAGCUAAUCAGACAAUGGUUGUUAGUAGGGCUGCUGGUGCGUGUGGAUCGUUGGCUGGGCAGGUAAAUUUUCUAUGGGCCUGUUCCAGAGUGGUGGGAAUUUGUGGAACAUAUAAGAAGUGCCUCCUUUUGACCUCAGAACUGGGCUUUGAUGAUGCAAUUAAUUAUAAAAAUGGGAAUGUGGCAGAACAGCUCCGUGAAUUAUGCCCAGCUGGAGUAGAUGUUUACUUUGACAAUGUUGGUGGUGACAUCGGUGAUGCAGUGAUAAGUCAGAUGAAUCAGAAUAGGCACAUCAUCCUGUGUGGUCAAAUUUCUCAGUAAGAUGUGCUUUAUCCUCCACUACCCCCUGCUGUAGAAGCAAUCUUGAAAAAAACAUCACAAAGUGUAGAAAGAUUUCUGUUGUUAAAUUAUAAGGACAAAUUUGAGUCUGGUACUCUACAGCUGAGUCAGUGGUUUAAAGAAGGAAAGCUAAAGAUCAAAGAAACUAUGAUAAAUGGAUUGGAAAACAUGGGAGCUGCAUUGCAGUCCGUGAUGACAGAAGGCAACAUUGGAAAGCAGACAGUCUGCAAUCCAGAAUAAACUUCUUUGUAA